GAAAGUGAAAGGAGGGAGCAUCGAUGUCCACCCGACAGAGAAGGCAUUGGUUGUCAACUAUGAACUGGAGGCUACAAUCCUGGGGGAGAUGGGAGAUCCCAUGUUGGGGGAGAGAAAGGAGUGUCAGAAAGUAAUCCGGGUCAAAGGUCUUCACGAGAACAGUGAUCUCAGCACACUAGCGAAGGAAGUCAUAGAAAAAUGCAAGCUGAUACACCCAAGCAAGCUUCCUGAGGUUGAGCAGCUUCUCUAUUAUCUCAAGAACAGAAAGGAGACUACAGUUUCUAAAGUUGUUACUCAUGUGAUGGGUGCCAAGACGAAACUCUCAGACAAACCUGAAGACCCAGCAUUCAUCGACGGGACGGAGGUUAACGAAGUGGCCAACAUUAAUGAUGUAGAUGAAUAUCUGGAGAUGCUGUAUGAUGACCUCCCUGACAAGAUCAAAGGCUGUGCUCUGCUGUUACAGCUGGCCAGGAACCCAGAUAAUCUGGAAGAGCUUUUCCAGAAUGAGACGGUUGUUAGUGCCCUUGUCCGUCUGCUGAAAGAAGAGUGGAAGAACAGCACUGACCUGGCCAUUAACAUCAUCUACAUCUUCUUCUGCUUCUCCUCAUUUUCGUCUUUCCAUGCGGUGAUCCUGCACUUCAAGAUUGGAACCCUGUGUAUGACCAUCAUACAGCAUGAGCUCAAGAAGCAUGACCUCUGGCAGGAUGAACUCAACAAGAAGAAGAAAGCUGCUGAGGUGGACAAAAACAAAAGUAAAACUCAGGAUGAUUAUGACAAAAGUUUAAAAAAGUACGAAGGCUUGGUUAGAAAACAAGAACAGUUGCUACGUG